CCUAUGUCAAUACCCCGCGUCCUUGGACGCCUACCUAGCUACAAGCCUCUUUCAUUGUGUGGAGAGCUCACUAACGGUCUAAACAAUGGAGCAAACAGACGAGCUGUCACCACGAACGCUGGCAUCGCAACGACUGCCGCGUCCAACUUCCAUACAACCACUAUGACCCGUGGGAAUGAGCAUGGUGACGAUCCCUCGAGCAUCUCUCGGCCAGCCCCUCCAAACAAUUUCCAUGCACCUUCCUCGGCGCAGACGUACUCGACAAACGGCCCUGCGCUCUUCGGUCAGAACUAUCCCCCAAGCUCUUUCUACCAGUUCGGUGAACAAUACCCGUCGCAACAAGGCCCGCAGCCAUAUUGGCAGCAGUGGAGUCCCACAAAUUACUACGGCACACCACAGUAUCCAGUACCAGCGUACAGUCAAACAGGACCUGCGACGAGCUUCUUCUCGCCGAACGUUCCUAUGCCGAGCGCCUAUCCAUAUCCAGGAUAUCCGACACCAUUCGGUGGUUUGAAUGCUCAAUCAAAGCCUUUCGUACCACAGGAUAUACGUGGUGCAGGCAAGUGGGACAGUAGCAUAAGUAACGACGAGGCGUUGAGAGGCGUCGGGGCAUCUACCGCGGUUGAGCCGUCGAGCCGCGAGAUCGAUCAGGAGAAGAAUCGGUGCAAGCAGGUCGUGAACAGCCUCCUGGAGAAGGACGUCCUACAGGAUAUUCAUAAGAAAGAGCCUCCACGCAUAGCAAAAAUCAUGCUUCCCGCUCCUCUCCCUAGCAACCAAUACCUGGCGCAAGCCCUUUGCACCCCAGAAGUUCACAUUCCACCGGAACGGAAGCUCGUGAUCCUCGACCUGAACGGAACUCUCAUCUACCGACCCGAUUCUCGUAAAAAACCCAAGAAACUGAUCUCCCGACCUAACCUUCCUUGGUUCCUCCAAUACCUGUUUGAGAACUUCGAUGUCAUGAUCUGGUCCAGCGCUAAACCAGAGAACGUUAAAGCUUUGGUCGAAAUUGGAUUGCGGGAGUUUCGUUUUCGCCUUGUUGCUGAGUGGGCUCGCGAUACCUUGGGCUUGAGACCUGAGCACUACCACAAACGGGUACAAUGCUACAAGAACCUCAAUCUGGUGUGGGCUUCGGGAGCUAUUCAACGUCAUGCGCAACUACGGGGUCCAGGGAGAUGCUACGACCAACGCAAUACUAUACUAAUUGACGAUUCGGCUCUCAAAGCGAGUGCCCAGCCAUACAAUCUCGUGGAGAUCCCCGAGUUCCAGGGCGAGGUAAUCAAGCAAGACAUAUUGGGAGAAGUGGCCGGUUAUCUUGAACUACUUAAGAUGCAGCAAGAUGUGUCCAAGUUCAUAAAGAGGGAGCCGUUCAGGGCUGAUGGAACCUGGAUGUUCGAUUUUGGCAACCUGAAGCCUGUCUGUCCAGUGUCUGCGGAGGGUGGAGGGCAAGGGCAAGGGCAUGAGCCAGCGGUGCUAGCUAAUAUGGCAGGUUAA